GGGACGGUGGAUAUGGUGGAUACGGUGGAUACGGGGGAUACGGUGGAUACGGAGGAGACGGUGAUCAUCAGCAAUUCAUUUCCCCGGGCACUCCUUAUGUUCAUCAAAACAAUUCGGACGUUGGAGGAUAUGGUGGUUAUGGUGGAUAUGGUAGAUAUGGUAGUGAAGCACCUCCCAUUCUGGACAGUCUGUACUUAAAAAAGACGGUUUUCAACUCCUUAGAUGAACUAAAGAAACGGAUACAAGAAAUAGCAAAUGCGGAUGGUUUCGUUAUUGUCACCCGUCGAUCAAAGAAAAUCGGGGGAAGAACCGGGAGGGUAUGGCUUGAAUGUGAUCGUGGUGGUGAGCACCAGAGUACAGCAACACUUAGAAAAGCUGGAAGCAAAAAAACCGGUUGCCCGUUUUACCUGCUGGCUGUCCGAAACCACCCGUAUGAAACCUGGGAGAUAAAAGACGGAACAAUUGAACAUAACCACGAACUUUGUGAGGACCUGUCGGCCCACGCGUUUGUGCGAAGGUUUACUCCAAGCGAAAUGAAACUGAUCGAGCAGCUGACAGCUCAAAACAUGGAGCCGCGCAAAAUAUUUCAAACGAUAAGGAAGCAGGACCCCGACAGGUUUCAUGUUCAGAAAGACGUUCAAAACGUUGUAGCGAAGAUUAGAGCCGAACAAAGACAAGGAUUGACUCCCAUGCAGUCACUAGAAAAUGUGCUGAUGAAGAACGACUUUAUUUACGAGAUCCGGGAAGAACCCGGAACAGAGAUCGUAACAGAGAUCUUCUUUCUUCAUCGGGACUCGAGAGUCUUGUGGCGUGCAUUCCCCCACGUCAUGAUGAUCGAUGCAACGUACAAGACAAACAUAUACAAUAUGCCCUUUAUCCAGAUUGUUGGUAUGACGCCUACCAACAAAUCGUUUAUUAUCGCGCAUGCCGUUGUUAGUAAAGAACGGGGUGAUAACUUUGUGUGGGUGCUUGAGAGGGUUAAGGCAAUGUUGGAUGAAUGUAUGGAGCCACGUGUGAUUUUAACGGAUAGAGACCUAGCCCUUAUGGGCGCGUGUGCUAAAGUAUUUCCAGACGCCUCCAGGCUUCUUUGCAGGUGGCACAUACAACAGAAUGUUAUGAAGCACUGCAAGGGUGCCUUCACAGACGACGACUGGAAGACAUUUUUGUCAUUCUGGGGUUCAUUGAUUGAGUCUCCAUCCAUACCCAUCUACGACUACCACUUGCGCAACAUGCGAAAGCGACUUGUGGAGUGCAAACGUUCUAUAUUUAUUAUGGAGGACGAUCUGAUGCCGGGCGAUGACAUGCACAUAGAGCCGGUUCAGCAGGGUCCACGACGGAGACAGCGACCGCCUGUGGAUACGUUGCAGGGGCAUCCCUAUCUAGAGUUUCCCGACGGCACUGACGCCGCCCGUCAUUGCCAGAAGCUUAGGAGGAUGCACGUUGGAUCGCAUGCAUCGAUCGACUGGGAUGCGAUGGAGGAGAUUGCUGAGACGCCGAGAGUGCGUCGGUUUAUACCUAUCGAUUCCCCGUGGCAUCGUCUUUUUGAUUUGGCGCACACGCCGACCUACAGGGAGCUGCUGGUCGAGUUCAUUUCGUCAUUCACAUUUCACCCUCCUGGGGAGCCAGUGCCGAUUCCGUACCCAGGUGCUCCCCCUCCGCCUGAGGUUUCUUUCAGGCUUGCUGGCGUUCAGCGUUCGAUGACGCUAGCAGAGUUUGCGGUGCGCUCUGGUUUAUACAUGCAGGAGGAGAUCGAGACUGAGAUCUACACAGCGGGGCUAGUGGUGGUUGAAAAACCCACUCUUGUUGGGUUUUGGCAGGUGAUUGCGGGGGCGGAUCAUUGGGAGCAUGACAAGUCGAAGGGGAGGGUGUCGUUUGUUAGCGACCCACUAUACAGGUAUCUGCACCAUUUGCUCGCCACUUCUAUAUCAGCGCGCGGCUACAGCCGUGAGUGGUGUACGACCACAGAUCUUUUUUUCCUAUAUUGUUUGUUGUAUAGGAGGCCGUGCGCGCUAGCACACGGUCUAGCCCAGUACUUCGCCUCCGGCCAUCACCGGCAGGAGCGCGGAUUUUUGUAUGGCGGGGCGUACGUGACCGUCAUUGCCCGUUCAUUUGGCCUCGUACCACAUCAGGACCCACAUCUACGGACGCCGGCCAUCAUGCCGACGCGGAUGGGUAUGCCGUCGCUAUGGGGGAUGAGGGUUAUCAAGAGGUUCCCGGUUGGCCCGCGGUUUAAAAACCGCGAGGGGGGCGUAUGGAGAGAGGAGGACCUACCAGAGCAUUUCGAGGACGUUCAUCCUCCUGCAGAUCCUGCUGAUGUAGUGCCCGUGGAGGACCCUCCGGAGGAUCUAGACGGUGCAGCGGGGCCACAGCCACCGCCACCUGCCGGGGCACCUCAGUUUCCACGUCACGCUAUUCGAGGUGGUGCCCCAGGAGCUGCACUACAUCCGGAUGUACGAGCCAGGCUUGACAGGCUCGACGAUUUGGUAGGUUGGUUGGUACGGGCGGAGCAGGAUAGACGAGAGAGAGAGGGAUUACCCCCGAUACCGCUUCCACCGGUUCGAGCACCACAUCAGCAGCAGCAGCCGCAGCAGCAGCACCAGCCGCAGCAGCAGCAUCAGGAUUCAGAUUCGGAUUUUGAUGCAUAGACCUGUUGUUGUUUUUAUUGUUAUUGUGGAUGUACAAACUUAUCUUCUAUAUUUUUGUUAUGGAUGUAAACAGUUAUCUUAUAUAUGUCAUAUUUAUGUUUGUUUUCAGUUAUUCGGUUACUCAAUGAUUGUUCUCUUAAAUUUAGAUAAUACGGAAACAAUAUAACCCCUGAAUAUAAUACGGAAACAAUAUUUGAAAGAAAUAAAAUUUUAAUCGAAAGAAUAAUAU